CACAGAGUACGUUUAUGUUAUGACUUUCCUUUCCUAACCUAAAAAUAACUUGCCUAUUUGUUUUGGUUUUAUUUAAUAACAUUUUAAGCAGUAUAAAUAAUGAAACAUGUUCAAACGGAUAGCUGUUGGGAUUUCCGGUGGCGUAGACAGUGCGGUAUCGGCUCUUCUAUUGAAACGAGCAGGUUACCAAGUAGAAGGUGUAUUUAUGAGAAACUGGGACAGUAAUUACGAAGCAGGCUACUGCAAUGAUGAAAGAGAUUUAGAGGAUGCCACUUUCGUUUGCCGUAAGCUCGAGAUUCCAUUGCACAGAGUUCAUUUCAUAAAGCAGUACUGGAACGAAGUAUUCACCGUUUUGUUAAAUGAAUAUGAAAAUGGACUGACGCCAAACCCGGACAUCUUGUGCAAUAGAUACAUUAAAUUUGAUAGCUUUUUUGAACAUUGCAGGAAUAAUUUAGGAGUAGAUGCCAUUGCUACUGGCCAUUAUGCUAGCACAUCUUUUGGACCAUUCUUAAAAAAGUACAAUGAAAAUGAAGGAGUUCACCUACUUCAACCAGCAGAUAAACAUAAAGACCAGACAUUUUUUCUGUCCCAAGUGAAGCAAUUUUCAUUGAGAAAAUGUAUGUUCCCUAUUGCUAAUUUGCUCAAGUCUGAAGUGAGAGAAAUUGCAAAAAAAGAAGGCUUACUGAAUGUAGCUGAAAAAAGGGAUAGUACAGGAAUAUGUUUUAUUGGGAAAAGAAGGUUUCAGGAUUUCAUUGCUGAAUACAUUCAAGUAAAGAAAGGUCUUCUAAUAGACAUAGACACUGGGCAAGUUGUUGGUGAACACAAUGGAUUCCACAACUGGACCAUAGGACAGAGGUGCUGCCUGGAAAAUUACAAAGAUGCAUACUUUAUUUUCAAGAAAGAUCUAGAAUCUAACAAUAUUUUUGUGGUAGCGGGCACCAAGCAUCCGGUUCUAUGGAAUAAUCUAGUAUUCACUGGUGAACCUCAUUGGAUACACAGUGAACCAAGCAAGCUGAGAAACAAUGAUGUCUUGAAAUGUUUCUUCCGAUUUCAACACACGAUGCACUUGGUUCCUUGCAAAAUUGUAAAAAACUCUGAAGGACUAACAAUAAUGCUAGAAUACAACCUAAGAGCACUAACUGAAGGCCAAUUUGCAGUUUUAUAUGCAAAUGGGGAAUGUCUUGGAAGUGCUAAAAUAAAAGAUGUUAGCCAUAACUUAAUAACUACUCAUGUACAAUCAGAUUCCUAGCAUAGUUACCUAUUAUGUGGAUAAAAACUGUUGUUGUUACAAUAAUAUUAAAUAUUGUUACUUAUA